UUCAAUUCAAAAUGAUUUAACAAUCCCAAAGUUUCUUUUUUUUCAAAUAAAAAAUACCGAAAAGAACAAAAUUUUGUUUUUUUUGUACUCUUUCAUAACAUAAAGAGUAUUAACUAUUAAGAGCCAUCCGGCGUGAAAACAAAAAAGUUUGUGAUUCCCGAUUGAUGAACAAGAAGGAAAAUGGAAGUAUUGGAUUUUCUGACUCGCUCCCGGCUACGUGUGAUUUGAACCCUUCGCCCUUCACCGCCACAAACUAACCCUCUAUGUCUUACGACAUAGAGAGAAUGAACUUUUAUUUGCUCCGUUCCAAACAUCAAUGUGGUCCGAUACCUUCCCGGUUUUGCAGAACAGAAAUCUUAUGACCCGCGUGUUGGAGUUGAGUCCCUUUCGGUUUCUCCGAUUCCAUGGACAGGGCUGAUAUGAAAGCCUCUCUAGCUGGCAGGACAACGCUGGGGAAAUGCUACAGGCUGUAUACUGAGAGGAGCUACAAUCAGGAUCGUCAGGCGCGGACUGAUCGCGAGAUACUGAGGUCGAAUUUGGGGAACAUUGUCCUGAUACUGAAGAAGAUGCAAGUUUACGAUCGAGUUGAUUUCAUGAACCUGCCUGCACAAGAAGCGUUGUCGAGAGCUUUGGAGUUGUUGUCGGAUUUGGGAGCGAUGGAUGGUAAGGGGAACCUGACGAGGCUAGGGAACAUUAUGACUGAGUUCCCGCCCGAUCCUCGGAAGGAGAGAUUAUUAUUAGGUAUUUUUCGGUGUAUAUUCUCUCUCUAACAUCAUGUCGUAAAUCAAUUAGUCCCCAAUAAUUUGAAUUAUAAAAAAAGAGUUAAUUAUUAAUUAUAUACGAUGCAAUGAAUAACCAUACUUAUC